GCUGAGCGCGCGCGCUGCCAAGUCAUGCUGUAAAGAGGUCUAAAUAUGACUCUCAGUCGCUAAAAUCCCAACUGUACAGUGUCUCAUCUUUCGCGAAGAUCGUUCAGAUAUGAUGCGCUGUCUGCUCUUCGGCUUCUGCCUGUGUUUGGCUCACAUCAGCGGAGCACAGAACGCGUACAGACGCGUCGCGGUCCCAGAGCAGGCUUAUUUUGCUGAGGCUUUUGACGCAGGAGCUCUGGACAGAAACUGGGUUUUGUCCAAAGCAGUGAAAGAUGAGCAUCUGCAACUUCUCAAAUAUAACGGGGAGUGGGUUAUAGAGGAGUCUAGAGAGCUGAGAUUAUUAGGAAACAGAGGCCUGGUCCUCAAGUCUCCCGGUGAACACCACGCCAUCUCUGCGUACCUGAAGAAGACCUAUCACUUCACAGACAAACCUCUGUGCUUACAGUAUGAAGUUUUCUUCCCAAAGGGGGUUGAUUGUGGUGGAGCCUACAUCAAGCUGCUUUCUCAUUCAGAUGAUCUCCGCUUGAGCCGGUUCAGUGAUGCCACCCCAUACACGAUAAUGUUUGGUCCAGAUAAAUGCGGCAGCUCACACAAGAUCCACUUCAUCUUUCGUCAUCGUAAUCCAGUCACCGGGACAUAUGAGGAGAAACACGCUCGACAGCCGGAGCUGGAUCUCAGCGACUAUUUCACUGACCGGCGUCCACAUCUCUACACUCUGAACGUGUAUCCUGACGGCUCGUUCGAGAUCCUCGUUGACCUGACACUGAUUAAUAAAGGCAGUCUGUUGGAGGACAUGCUCUCGUCAGCGGCGUCUGCUCACGAAGCACAAGAACAGGGGGAUUCAGCGAGAGCUGCAUUAGUGGACGCGGUUCAGAUUCCUGACACAAAGUCGCAGCAGCAUCGAAGGUCAGAUGAGCCGUUCACCGUGAGCUCUGUUUCUGCUGUGGGUUUUGAGCUGUGGUCCCUCACUGCAGAUGUGAUGUUCGACAACAUCUUGCUCUGUGACGGUCUGGAAGUAGCCCAGCGCUGGACACAAGACACGUGGGGCCAGAGACAGACCCCUGGAGUGAUUGAGAAGCUGUUGAUGGCGACGGUCAAGCGGCCGUGGCUCUGGGGCCUCUAUGUCGUCACUGUGGGCCUUCCCAUCAUCCUCUUUGUUAGCUUCAUGUGGCCUAAUAAGGUCAGUGGCAGUGAUCUGACAGAUGUUUCAUCAUCCUGA